ACCGUCGCGCAACGAAGCCUGAGAUCUCCCAAUUCCGAUCAGCAGCUAUGCAUUCGAGUCAUCUCCUUCUCGAGGAACCGAUCAGGAUGACUUCAAUCCUCGAACCUUCCAAAUCAAGUUUUUUCCCGGCUUUGACUAAGAUUGUUGGGACUCUAGGUCCAAAAUCUCGAUCCGUCGAGGUGAUUGCUGGUUGUCUCAAAGCUGGAAUGUCGGUGGCUCGAUUCGAUUUCUCUUGGUGUGAUGCAGAGUAUCACCAGGAGACGCUGGAGAAUCUGAAGAUAGCUGUGAAGAGCACUAAGAAGCUUUGUGCUGUUAUGCUGGACACUGUGGGACCUGAGUUGCAAGUUAUUAACAAGACGGAGAAAGCUAUUUCUCUUAAAGCUGAUGGCCUUGUAACUUUGACUCCGAGACAAGAUCAAGAAGCUUCCUCUGAAGUCUUUCCCAUUAAUUUUGAUGGGCUAGCGAAGGCAGUUAAGCAAGGAGACACUAUCUUUGUUGGACAAUACCUCUUCACUGGUAGUGAAACAACUUCAGUUUGGCUAGAGGUUGAAGAAGUUAAAGGAGAUGAUGUCAUUUGUAUUUCAAGGAAUGCUGCUACUCUGGCUGGUCCGUUGUUCACAUUGCACGUCUCUCAAGUUUACAUUGAUAUGCCAACCCUCACUCAGAAGGAUAAGGAGGUUAUAAGUACAUGGGGAGUUCAGAAUAAGAUCGAUUUUCUCUCAUUAUCUUAUUGUCGACAUGCAGAAGAUGUUCGCCAGGCCCGUGAGUUGCUUAACAGUUUGGGUGACCUCUCUCAAACACAAAUAUUUGCGAAGAUUGAGAAUGAAGAGGGACUAACCCACUUCGACGAAAUUCUACAAGAAGCAGAUGGCAUUAUUCUUUCUCGUGGGAAUUUGGGUAUUGAUCUACCUCCGGAAAAGGUGUUUUUGUUCCAAAAGGCUGCCCUUUACAAGUGUAACAUGGCUGGAAAGCCAGCCGUUCUCACUCGUGUUGUAGACAGUAUGACUGACAAUCUCCGGCCAACUCGUGCAGAGGCAACUGAUGUUGCUAAUGCUGUUUUAGAUGGAAGUGAUGCAAUUCUUCUUGGUGCUGAGACUCUUCGUGGAUUGUACCCUGUUGAAACCAUAUCAACUGUUGGUAGAAUCUGUUGUGAGGCAGAGAAAGUUUUCAACCAAGAUUUGUUCUUUAAGAAGACUGUCAAGUAUGUUGGAGAACCAAUGACUCACUUGGAAUCUAUUGCUUCUUCUGCUGUACGGGCAGCAAUUAAGGUUAAGGCAUCCGUAAUUAUAUGCUUCACCUCGUCUGGCAGAGCAGCAAGGUUGAUUGCCAAAUACCGUCCAACUAUGCCCGUUCUCUCUGUUGUCAUUCCCCGGCUUACGACAAAUCAGCUGAAGUGGAGCUUUAGCGGAGCCUUUGAGGCAAGGCAGUCACUUAUUGUCAGAGGUCUUUUCCCCAUGCUUGCUGACCCUCGUCACCCUGCGGAAUCAACAAGUGCAACAAAUGAGUCGGUUCUGAAAGUGGCUCUUGACCAUGGGAAGCAAGCCGGAGUGAUCAAGUCACAUGACAGAGUUGUGGUCUGUCAGAAAGUGGGUGAUGCGUCCGUGGUCAAAAUCAUCGAGCUAGAGGAUUAGAAGAAGCAGAGUGAGUCUUGUCCGUCUUUUUAUUUUCUGUUACUAAUCAAUUUUAUUUCCUUCA